AUAACGUACUACAACGCGCAAGCGUUCAAUUCCAACGAGGUUAUUCAUAUUUUAAUUUACUCCCACAAUAAGAAAAUGACGGGAACGCCUACAAUCCGACCUGCAAGCAACUUCGAUCCCGAUCAAGAUGCUACGGCUUUAAAAACAGCCUUUAAAGGCUUCGGAUCGGAUGAAGAUGCAAUCAUAGAUAUCAUAACUCACCGAAGUAACGAACAACGUCAACAAAUCGCGGCUAGAUUCAAAACGAUGUAUGGAAAGGAUUUAAUCAAAGAAUUAAAAAGCGAAUUGAGAGGGAAUUUAGAAGACGUUAUCGUUGCUUUGAUGACUGAACCGAUCGAAUUUCAAGCCAAACAACUCCACAAAGCGAUCAGUGGGUUAGGUACCGAUGAGGGGACCAUCGUCGAGAUACUCUCAAUCCACGAUAAUGACGAAGUUAUCAAAAUUUCGCAAGCGUAUGAAGGAUUGUAUCAAAGAUCUCUUGAAAAUGACAUUAAGGGCGACACCUCCGGUACCGUAAAAAGACUCCUCGUCUCCUUAUCAACGGGCCAUCGCGACGAAUCUGAGACCACCGACCAAGACAACGCUUUCAAAGAGGCCAGAACCCUCCUAAGGGCCGGCGAAUUGAUCCAAGGGACCGACGAAUCAACAUUCAAUGCCAUUCUCUGCCAAAGAAACCGUUCCCAACUUCAACUCAUUUUCGAAGAAUAUGAAAAAAUCACAGGCCAUCCAUUUGAAAAAGCCAUAGAAAAUGAAUUCUCCUUGACUGCGAAAGAAUCACUUAUCGCCCUUGUCCACUGUUUAAGGGACCGAACCGAUUAUUUAGCGAAACGUCUCCACGACAGCAUGGCCGGAAUCGGCACUGACGACCGCACUCUUAUCAGAAUUGUGGUCUCAAGAUCGGAAAUUGACCUGGAAGACAUCAAAGAUACUUUCCAGAAUAAAUACGGGAAGACUCUCGCCGAAUUUAUACAAGGCGAUUGCUCGGGUGAUUACAAAAAGUGUCUCCUAAGUAUCGUUGGUUAAAUAAUUAAAGUGAUUUAACUACGAAA